AUAUUAUACAGCAGUGACAUACAGGAAAAACAUACAACUUGGAGAUACGUUUAUAUUUUCAAAGAGAGAAAAAGAGAAAACAGAUUUAUAACUAAGAUUUCAAAAAAGAAGACAUUUUGGAACAACAGAGGGAGAUUCUAAAAAAGAUUGCACCAGAGGCUCACAUCAAAAUUCAUAAGCAGGCAAGCUGCUAUGCAGUUCAUCCAGCAUUGCAGGCAUCUAGGGACCUUGCUUGGUGAGGAGCUGCUGAACAGCAAGGAAAACUUAUGGAGCUGAAGCUGGUGCCCAGGCAGUGCAACAAAUGCAAGAGCUGAAGACGAAAAGACAGCUGAGAUAGUAAUUUUUUGCCAAAAUUAAGAUCCCUGUGUGUUUGAGCAUCGCAGAAACAGUAAGAUUGGCUUGGCAGAUUGCGUGAGAGAAGGGAAGCACACAGCUACCAUUGGGCAGUAUAAAAUGGUUGGCUGUGGCAGUCUAUUGUGAAGACCUCGGAACAAAUACCAGAAAUUUCUCCACUCAAUUCUUCAUGAUGUAAAUGCAGUGUGACCUUUCCCCAAUGGGCAGUUAAACCAUGGACAUACUAAAAAAAACAUUUUGGACUGUUUUUCUAAACCAGGCUUCACCUUCCCUCUUGGGGACCUAUUAAGGGAUUACAUCUGAAAAGAAAAACAAAAGAGAGAAGGAAACCUUGAACUGGAAAGUUAUCCUACAAUGAGAAUUAUGAGCACAUCUUGUAUCUGCCCAGUCCUAGUUUGUCUCUGUUUUGUGCAGAGGUGUUAUGGAGCUGCUCAUCAUGGCUCCAUCAAGGUGACCAGAAAUCAAACCAAACACAUAGAAGGUGAAACAGAAGUGCACCAUCGUCCCAAGCGUGGAUGGGUAUGGAACCAGUUCUUUGUUUUAGAAGAACACCUGGGACCAGAUCCCCAGUAUGUGGGAAAGCUACACUCCAAUUCUGACAAAGGUGAUGGAUCAGUUAAGUACAUCCUUACUGGAGAAGGGGCUGGAACUAUAUUUAUUAUUGAUGACACUACAGGAGACAUCCAUUCAACCAAAAGCCUAGAUCGAGAGCAGAAGACACACUAUGUGCUGCAUGCUCAGGCUAUUGACAGACGGACGAACAAGCCACUCGAGCCUGAAUCUGAGUUCAUUAUCAAAGUGCAGGACAUCAAUGACAAUGCACCAAAAUUUACAGAUGGACCUUACAUUGUUACUGUGCCAGAGAUGUCUGAAAUGGGUACCUCUGUUCUACAAGUGACAGCAACAGAUGCAGAUGACCCUACCUAUGGGAACAGUGCCCGGGUGGUAUACAGUAUUCUUCAGGGACAGCCAUACUUCUCUGUUGACCCUAAAACAGGAGUCAUCAGGACUGCCUUGCAUAACAUGGACAGGGAAGCCAGAGAGCAUUAUUCCGUUGUCAUUCAAGCCAAAGAUAUGGCUGGGCAGGUCGGAGGGCUAUCAGGGUCAACAACUGUAAAUAUCACACUCACUGAUGUCAACGACAAUCCACCCAGGUUUCCUCAGAAACAUUAUCAGCUGUAUGUUCCUGAAUCAGCCCAAGUUGGGUCAGCAGUAGGCAAAAUCAAGGCAAAUGAUGCAGAUGCUGGCUCUAAUGCAGACAUGAAAUACACGAUCAUAAAUGGUGAUGGCUCUGGAGUGUUUUCCAUAUCCACUGACAAAGAGACACGGGAAGGAAUUAUUUCCCUAAAGAAGCCACUCAACUAUGAAAAAAAGAAAUCAUAUACACUUAAUAUAGAAGGAGCAAAUACACACCUGGAUUUCCGUUUUUCACAUUUGGGACCAUUUAAAGAUGUAACAAUGUUGAAGAUUAUUGUUGGGGAUGUGGAUGAACCUCCACUAUUCUCUAUGCCUUCCUAUGUCAUGGAAGUUUAUGAAAAUGCGAAGAUUGGGACUGUUGUUGGUACAGUGGCAGCACAAGAUCCUGACAGCGCUAACAGCUUAGUAAGAUAUUUCAUUGACCAUAAUACAGAAGAAGAUAGGUAUUUCAUCAUUGAUGCUAACACUGGAACCAUUAAGACUGCCAAGAUCUUUGACAGAGAGGAAACACCUUGGUACAACAUUACAGUUGCUGCUUCUGAGAUAGACAACCCUGGCCUGCUAAGCCAUGUUCCAGUUGAUAUUAGAAUCCUGGAUGUCAAUGACAACCCUCCAGAGCUUGCCAGAGAAUAUGAUGUAGUUGUCUGUGAGAAUGCAAAGCCCGGGCAGGUCAUUCAGACUAUCAGUGCCACUGACAAAGAUAACUCUGCAAAUGGGCCAAGAUUCCAUUAUUCUCUUGAUGAAGGCCUUUCUUUGAAUCCCAACUUUACCCUAAGGGACAAUGAAGAUAACACAGCCAGUAUCCUGACCAGACGAAGGAGAUUCAGUCGAACAACUCAAGAUGUCUACUACCUCCCGAUUUUGAUUUCUGAUAGUGGAAUCCCUUCUCUCAGCAGCAGCAGCACCCUUACGAUCAGAGUCUGUGCAUGUGAGAGAGAUGGGCGCGUUCGGACCUGCCAUGCUGAAGCUUUCCUUUCCUCAGCUGGUUUGAGCACAGGAGCCUUAAUUGCAAUUCUGCUCUGUGUCAUCAUUCUUCUGGCGAUUGUGGUCCUUUUCAUUACAUUAAGACGCAGCAAAAAGGAGCCCCUGAUCAUUUCCGAGGAGGAUGUUCGGGAAAACGUUGUCACGUAUGAUGACGAGGGUGGUGGAGAGGAGGACACUGAAGCGUUUGACAUCACAGCCCUGCGGAACCCAUCAGCUGCCGAGGAGCUGAAGUAUCGGAGGGAUGUGCGUCCUGACGUGAAGCACGCACCUAGGCACCAGCCUUCUUCAAGCCUGAACAGUAUAGAUGUUCAUGAAUUUAUUAAACAAAGAUUGGCAGAGGCAGAUCUCGAUCCCAGUGUGCCUCCCUAUGACUCCAUACAAACAUAUGCGUAUGAGGGUCAUAGAUCAGAAGCCGGAUCUAUCAGCUCUCUGGAUUCAGUCACUACACACUCUGACCAGGAUUAUAAUUACCUUGGUGACUGGGGACCAGAGUUUAAGAAGUUAGCUGAACUCUAUGGAGAAAUAGAAUCAGAAAGAACAACUUAGUUACCAUUCCUGGAACAAGAAGUGUUUUAGUUCCCAAACUGGAGAGAGAACCACAGCAGCAGUAACAAGAAACGAAUACAGUACUUAGAACUGAGCAAGUUGUACACAGUUACUGUAGAAACAAGUGCCCUUUUCAUAUUUGAAACUGGGUUCUUCAACUGGAAGAAAAUCAAAUUUUGAAAAAUACAGAAAAAAAAAGAAACAAUUGUCCUUUGUGUAUAUUUUUUAAUUGCUCAAUAAAGUCUGUGAUACCA